CAUGCCGUAUAAAUAGGGGCAAGGAGAAGGCGGAGGUCCGCCAUUUCGUGGACGCCGGGUCCGUGAGCGUAUCUACGGGAGCUGGGCGGAGGGGAGCGGAAGGCCCGUCCGAGGGUGUGUGGAUUUGAGCCUCCGCGUUUCUAACCCAAGAUUUCGAAAUGCAUCGUGAUUCCUGUCCAUUGGAUUGUAAGGUUUAUGUAGGUAAUCUUGGAAACAACGGUAACAAGACUGAAUUGGAACGAGCUUUUGGCUAUUAUGGACCACUCCGAAGUGUGUGGGUUGCUAGAAACCCUCCCGGCUUCGCUUUUGUUGAAUUUGAAGAUCCCCGGGAUGCAGCCGAUGCUGUCCGAGAGCUAGAUGGGAGAACACUUUGUGGCUGCCGAGUAAGAGUGGAACUGUCGAAUGGUGAAAAGAGAAGUCGAAAUCGUGGCCCACCUCCCUCUUGGGGUCGUCGCCCUCGAGAUGAUUAUCGGAGAAGGAGUCCUCCGCCUCGCCGCAGAUCUCCAAGACGGAGAAGCUUCUCCCGCAGCCGGAGCAGGUCCCUUUCUAGAGAUAGGAGAAGAGAGAGAUCACUGUCUCGGGAGAGAAAUCACAAGCCGUCCCGAUCCUUCUCUAGGUCUCGUAGCCGAUCUAGGUCAAAUGAAAGGAAAUAGAAGACCAGUUUGCAAGAGGAGUGGUGUACAGGAAAUAACUUCAUUUGACAGGAGUAUGUACAGAAAAUUCAAGUUUUGUUUGAGACUUCAUAAGCUUGGUGCAUUUUUAAGAUGUUUUAGCUGUUCACAUUUGUUUGUCUUGGAACAGUGACAAAGAUGUAAUUCUCUGUGGUUUGAAAUGGAUCUUCAGAGGCGUAUAAUACCAAGAAUUGUUACUUUACAAUGUUCCCUUAAGCAAAAUUGAAUUUGCUUUGAACUUUAUUUAGUGGUGCGUAGACUGAUAGAUAAUAAACCUCUUAAUUCCUGCCCAGCUACAGUGUGAUGUUUAAUGUGGAAACAACUGGCAAAAAUUGAACAUAAGAUUUUUUUCAUAGCUGGGAUGUAAUAUGCAGCUGUGGUUGAACAUGCAGUCUUCAAAAGCUGCUGUGAACACAAGCCAGCAGGUAAAAAUUAAAGCUGCACUAUUAAACUAGAUUAGUGGUUAAAAUUUUUUUUUUCUUUUAAACCCAACUCAUUUUCACACUGGGCAGAGGUCUAGUUGGUGUAGAAUCUAAGAAUUUUCAAGAAAGUUAGUUUACUUUUGCUUUAGGUUAUAAGUUUCUUAUGUGAUUGCUGUAUGUGAACACAUAUCUCUCUAUAACAUUCUUUAUUUGGAAAUUUGAGACUAUUCAAGAUACCAGUGUCCUGCCAGUUUAAGGGUACAUUGUAGAGCUGAACUUUGAGUUACUGUGCAAAGUUUUUUUUUCAUGCUGUCAUUUGUAAUAUGUUUUGUGAGAAUCCUUGGGAUUAAAGUUUUGGUUACAAAUUGUUGUUUAACCUGAAAGCUUGUUUUUCCUUGCAAAACUAAAUCUGUGAGCUUGGUAUCAAGUUCAGGUAUAACAUUCCUAUUGGAAGCCAUACUUAUUUUCUUGUAAAAAGUGCUUUUGAAUUAAUAAAAUAAUAGCAUAAUUGUGUAAUAGUUGAACCCACUAUUACCAUAGUUCUUGUCCCAUGGAAAGCAGUUGGUUACACAAAUCUUAGAAACGAAAUUGAGGCUUUUGAAGUAAAGGAGAUACGUGGUUGUCACCUAAGUGAUUGUUAGUACUUACCAUAUUUUAGAAGUAGAAGCCAGUUCAAAGUCCAUGAUACUCAGUGACCAACAUUUUAAAGUUUAGCAGCCUGGUACAUUAUAACCCAAAGUUGGCCUUAAAAAGGACUUUUAUCAUUAGCAUGAGAACUUUUCCACAAAGCUUUAAAAAUUGCUUCCAUUUUAUAUAAUUUGAGGUGUUGCAUGGGAAUUCUAAAUUGAUACAUCAUGAUGUAAAAUUCACUAUAUGGUUUAAAUGUAACAGUGCAGAAUUGAACAUGGAGGCAUGCAUAACGUUCCUCUUAGAAAUCCAGAGGAGUUGUAAUUUCAAAUUUUUGUGCAAUUAGAUUAAAUUAUAAUGCAACA